CCCUCUGUGAUUGGCUGUGAUCGUGAUCCCAUGUUUUGCUCCGCCCCGACUCUCCUGCCUCCCUAACAACCACCACCGGCCCGACCGUCUGCAAGAUCCCUUUUCCGGACAGCUUUAACGGGCAGAAGCAGCGACUUGGUACCCAGGAACCACAGCCGACAUACGGUUUAUGCCUCUGGGGUCAGCUGGAGUCCUGCAGCAGAAACACGGGGCCCUCAGCUCAGGAGCUGGCCCAUUUUGGAGCAGUGAGUGCCUCCGCAGUCUCUCAGUAAUCCUUUAAGGAGCAUUAGCGGGCUAAGUUUGGCGCUGCGACCGCUGGCCAACACGGGCCCUCACCAGCCGCCGUCAUGCAGAUACCUGACUCCUACAACCAGAAGAACUCGCUCUUCAACGCCAUGAACCGCUUCAUUGGCGCUGUCAACAACAUGGACCAGACAGUGAUGUUGCCCAGCCUGCUGCGGGACGUCCCGCUGGACGACAGGGAUGACCUGAAGCCGACAGAGAACGGGGAUGGUGGGGAUGACGGUGGUGGCACAGGUAGCACCAGCCCCACUCACGACAGCGCCUACUUCCAGCCUGAUACUGACAUGUACAGCUCAUACAUCCUGCUUAAAUCCAUCCGCAAUGACAUCGAGUGGGGCGUCGUGCAAGGCGAGGAGUUGCGGAAGGAGAAGGCGGGUGUGGCCAGCAUGGUGGUGGCAGAGGAGGAUGACCUGGAGAAGCAGUUUCACUUCCACCUGAAUGGACUCCACGCGGUUCUGUCGAAACUGACGCAUAAAGCUAACACACUGACGAAUCGCUACAAGGAGGAGAUCGGCUGCAGAAACUGAGCGCUGAAUGUCCUGACGGUUGGCGCUCUAUGGGUUUUAGCUCAGUAACUACAAGCGAAGGAAGGAGCAUGUGCAGACGCCAGAAUUCACUUAAAAGCUUUUUCACAGCCCACAGUGGUGGAUAUCAUUGUGUUAAAUUAACUAGCCAGUCCCAAAAACGGUGAAUAAAAAUAUCUGCAGAUUGAUUGUGUGACUGGAACAAUUUGGGCAUUUUUUGUCAAAUAAUGAGAACUACAAUUUUAAUAACAGUUAUUCCUUGUAAGGGUCGUUAAAUCAUCUUAAAUGCCACGUUUUUGUAUUCACCGGCAGCUUUUUGGAUCUCAUUUUGGCACAUGCACUGAUGCUGACUUCAUUCAUUAUAGCCGAUUUAUGCUUUGGUCUUUUUGAAGAGACUUGGCAGGGACAUCAGUAUAUGUCACUAAGCACAAAGCUGAUUCAAGCUUUAAAAUUCUGAAUUAAGUCUGGAUCUGUGCUACUAAACAGUAAGUCAGUACAGUAAUGAAUUUGUAGAGAAUGUUUUCACAUGAAAUCAAAUCACCUCAAAUUAAUACGUUUAAGAGAUAGAUGAUGGGUAUGCAGGAGAAGGACAAAGGAUCUAAAAUUGAUUAAUUUUGAAUAUUUGGGUGGUUUCAUCAGAAGAAAUCUGUUGCACUUCUAAACUACUGUAAACAAACAUAACCUUAAAAAAACAAACAAACCCUAAACUAAACCAUUUUAAAUGAAAUAGGAUCCUGGUAUAAUCCCUGUGGAAUGCCACUGAUCCAAAAAUCUGUCUCUGAUUCCAAUAACUCUUUCUUUGGCAUACUUUAAACACCUGAAUCCACUGUUUGUCUUCUGGAUAUGACAUCUUGUUAAGAUUCGGCAGAUUAGAGUGUCUCUGCUCUGACCUCCCUACAGCAGUUUGUAGUUAAAGAGCUAAAACAUGUUCUUCAUGGACUUCCCUUUUUUUUUUUUUUUUUUUUUCCCUUGAAGACUUCGUCGAGGUGGUGGGCUGCUUGCAUUCUAUUUUCAGGGUUGACGUCUGUCCGUUUAAAAGAAACAAAAAAAAAAUCUCCUGACAUCCUUUAUUUCAUGCUGCAAAUUCCAAACUAUGCAAACACACGAGAGCACAAAAGAAGCUGGCUUGACAUUUCUGUACAGCUUUAGACGCACAAAAAGGAGAAAAUAUGAAUCCUUAAAUUUCCCAAUCGUAAUAAGAACCCAGUUCUCAUGGUGCAUGAUCGUUCAUAACCUGUUAACAUCUCCUGACAAUCGAUUGUAACCAGACCACAAAUUCUCAGUUCUUUGGUUUAACUUAAAUGUGGAAGUUCUGAUAUUUUAAAGAUGCCACAGUUUGUCCAUUUAUUAAAGGACUAAAGCACCUUAUUUUUAAAAUUUUAAGGAGUUUGGCAGAAACCCAUUGUUUUUGUCUGGUUUCAGCUGAAUAAAAGAGAAGGUGUAAUGAAUGGUUAUUGGCUGAUUUUUGAACUGAACUUAAAGAAGCGAAUGUUUUGUUUGUCGUCUCAAAGCUUUGUUAAUGAAUUGAACACUGUGCUUGAUGGUCGAUGACAUGUGAAGGCGUUCUGGAGUCUGUGUGUGUGAAGAAUGCUGGGUGUACAUAUACUGAUGUUUAUUGGUUUUUCUAUUUCUGUCCAGUUUGACCAUUAAAAGAUUUUGGUGUGUA